UCUUCUGUCUCCUCCACGUCCUUAUAAGAGUGGUCUUGAGGUAAAACCGGUGUCAGAUCCCGUCGCUCGUCCCUUCUCCGUGUGCCGUGCCGUGCCGUGCCGGACUGCCGGUUGCUCCGGAGGAUUUAGUUGGAUGACCUCGGGUGCUCGGUUGAGAGGGUGCUCGGUUGACACCAGCGGCUCCCCGGGGUCAUGGAGGGACCAGAGACCCCCCGGGAACACACGCAGCGCGCCCGGUAGCGCUCAGCGGCUGAGGAGCAGCGGACGACAAAGACGGGGGAGGGGGCGACCCGACGGAUCACACGGGCCGGGGACAAGUGUUCACUAUGAUCGCGGCAUUUUUUCCCACGAAGAUUUUGGUGCGCAAUCGCAAACAUCUCGCGUUCGCCGCUCUCCUGACGCUCGGGGCCGUGGCCGUCUACCAGCAGAUGGUCGCUGCGAAAGCGUGGAGCAACAAUGCGAGUAUGAAUCCCAGCGGGAGCAGCUGGAGGGGAGCCGUGUUUAACCAAACGGUCAGAAGUCACCCUGGACCAGACUCCGAGGAGAACUCAGCGGUUGGGAGGUCCGGCUACACUCCACAUCCCUGGAAACCAGAGUACACGGGACGGGCUAAUCUGCACGUCUUUGAGGACUGGUGUGGCAGUUCUACAGCUGACCUCCGCAAGAACCCGCACUACCCUCUGUAUCCUCAUUCCAGGACUACGGUGCAGAAGUUGGCCAUCUUUCCUCAGUGGACCGACUACGGAAUCCGGAUAUUUGGUUAUCUGCAUCCAUAUACUGAUGGAGAGUUUCUGUUUGCUUUGAGCUCUGAUGACAACUCUGAGUUUUGGCUCAGCACAGAUGACUAUCCGCUGAACUUGCAGCUGUUGGUAUGGGUUGGGAAAACCGGCACAGAAUGGUCAGCCCCGGGCGAGUUUGAGAAGUAUGCCAGUCAGACCUCCAAACCGGUUCGGCUGUCUGCUCAGAAGAAGUACUUUUUUGAAGUUAUCCACAAGCAAAACGGGAAAGGGACCGAUCACGUGGAAGUGGCAUGGCAGCUCUUGGACCAAGGCCUUAGGUACAAGGUUAUUGGAUCCAAUGACAUCUCCCUCUAUGUUGACGAGUCUGCCUUGCUGAUGAGUGACGUGGCCCACAUACCACAGACGGCUGCAAGUCUCCAGCACAUCCCCUCAAAACAGCCGACCGGUGCUGCAGACAUGCUGAGGGAAGACCCGCGAGACACUCUGUACCAAGUGCCUUUGUUAAACAGCGCGUUUGUAGAAGAUGUCCUUCCUAACUGCUUUUACAAACCCAGCUACACAUUCAAAGACUUUCCUCUCCUGCGGUACCAAGGACUGCAGAGUGUGCACUUGUCCUACGUCUACCCCAGCGACUACACCAGACUCUCACACGUUGAGACAGAAGACAGCUGCUUCUACCCCAAGAAUCUGCAGUACACCAAGAGGUUCAGAUUUUCUAGAUACAUGAGACUAGACCUUCCCAAUGUGCAGGACAUAUCCAACAAAAGACAAAAAGUAAAAAAUAAAUUGGACAGGGAGCAGCAUAAAGUAAAUGAAUCGCCAGCAGUCACGUCAGAGCAGCUCGAUAAACAACAUCAUCUGCAGAUGGAUCCUAAAGUGAGACUGAAAGACUCAAGGCUUAAACCCUUAGAGAGUGAUUCUCCUCGGCCUGAAAACAACACCGUGGCCAAAGGGGAGAGGGUUGUAUCUAAGGAAAUGGGCCUCCAGCCAACCACCGCCAUGCAUUUUACCCCUCCCAAGAGAGCCGUCGGCCGCCCUUUAUCAAGGCGAAAUCAGGGGGGCACAUAUAACAGUAAAGUGAGAAAUAGGGCGAAAGUGAGAAAAAAAAGGUCUCCAGUUGUAGAAAAGAGAAUCCACAGAACUGGCACUGAUGUCAACUGGAACCAGACCUUCCAGAUCAGCUACCUGAAGCACCAGGCGCAUCGAUCGGACCGGAUCGACCUGCGCUGCAACGUCACAGGGAACCUGCUUCUCCAGUCCAGUGGUGCUCUGACCGUGGUCAAAGCUUUCAUGCGACAGCUGAACAACAAGCACCACGGACAAUUUACGUUGGUGCGCGUUGUUAACGUGAUGAAGCGCGUGGACGUGGUCCAGGGAGGCCGCUACCUUCUGGAGCUGGUGCUGAAGGACGUGAACGGCCAGCUGCGCCGCCUGUCGCGCUACGUCUACUAUCCGAUUAGCCACGGCAGGCAAAACGGCCAGGACGCACGUAUCCAACGACCGGAAACUCAGCCCAAGCUUUGUAACCCGGUGGGCUUCCGGUGGAAUCCCCACGCCACCGUUCACUUCGUAGUACCCGUAAAAAACCAGGCUCGCUGGGUGCAGCAGCUGAUUGUGGACAUGGAGCAAUUGUCCAGAGAAACCGGUGACUCCAACUUCAAUCUCAUCAUCAGUGAUUACAGCAGCACGGACAUGGACGUGAAGCAGGCUCUGCAGAAAUCCUCACUCGUCAGGUACCAGUAUGUGAGGCUGAGUGGAAACUUUGAGCGUGCGGCUGGUCUCCAAGCAGGUGUUGACCUUAUAAAUGAUGACCACAGCAUUGUGUUUCUUUGCGACCUCCACGUCAACUUCCCUCCCUUCAUCAUCGACACCAUCAGGAAACACUGCAUUGAGGGAUACAUGGCCUUUGCUCCAAUAGUCCUGAGACUGGGAUGCGGGGUUACGCGAUUAGAAGCCAAAGGUUUUUGGGAGGUCAAUGGCUUCGGCCUGCUGGGGAUUUAUAAGUCAGAUUUGGAUGCUGUUGGAGGAAUGAACACAGAGGAAUUCAGAGACCGCUGGGGCGGAGAAGACUGGGAGCUCCUCGACAGGAUCGUGAACGGCGGGUUGGAGGUGGAGAGGUUCUACUUGAGGAACUUUUUCCAUCACUUUCACUCCAAACGUGGCAUGUGGAGGCAAACGUCGCCCAGCCACAUGUGACCUUGUCACCUGCUCACUGCACCAUGACCACGGUUGCCGAGGUUACAAUCACGGCAACCAGAGAACGUUAAGGCCGGAGCCUGUUUUCUACUAUAUGACAGUGAUACCUGCUGACCGACAGAAUAGAGUUGGAUACAGUCUCGGCUUUCUGCAAAAAGAUGAUCGUCGAUAACAAAUUACUACUGAUUUAUAUAUAGUUCAUUUUACUGGCUGUACAGUUGACUGGUGCCAGAGUAAUGGUUGAUGCAAGCCUUUGACAUUGUGAUAUUGGGAAUAAAGGUACAGCCAUGUAUCAUGUCCCAGAGGGACACCAUGGUGAGCUGCAUUGUUUGCAUAAAGGGACAGAACGGAUCCAAAGAAAAGUCUUAAAUGACGCUCCCAAAGAUGUAUUCACACAAGUGUCCUAUAUCAUAAAGAUCACCACUUUUGCACAUGAGUUUUAACUGGGGCGAAAAAUCUUUUACGUUGUUUUGUUAAAUACACUCCAGAUUGGGUACAAGGUAAACACGGCAUUAUUUGUCAGGUUGUAAAUUAUGGGAAUCUAGUUAUUUAUUUUAUUAAUAUCUGUAGGAUUUUAUUUUCAUUUGAGUUUAAUAUUAUUUCCAGGAAGGGAAAUCAGAAAAGUGUCGCUCAGCUCACUUGUUGAGUGUCCUCCCCCUAUUGCCUUCUCUUGUGAUGGUUAUCCAGUUCUAGUACCUGGAUAAGCAUGGAGAGCUGUUUUUACACGGUCAGGAAAACCCUUAAGCUGGAUAGAAUAGUGAGAAACUGAAGGGAUUUCCAUUAUUAUGUCAUUUAGUAUUUUCUCAGAAAGACCGUCGAUCAUGUUAUGUUUGUGUUGCCCGGUGCAUUGCAGACAGUUUGGGAAUUUGAAUCAGUAAUGAAAUGUCUGAAAACUGAAGAAAUGCAAUAUUGUGAGAAUUUCUAUCUGUUCUCCCUACAUGUACCAAAGAUAAAUGAAUCUUUACAUUAUUCCUCUUCAGAAGCUAUUAAACGUUACAAUGUGAAUAUAACAUGAAGGGUUAUCUCAAUCAAUAGUUUCAUAUUUGUCUGCGCAGUCAGCUUAUGUUGAUCUACCUGCUGAAUCAAAUAUUUUUCAAAGGAAAAAAUUGAUACAGUGCAAAAUAUUGUUUUUACAGUCAACUUUGUUAAUACAGAUGUUAUAGGAAAUACAUUAAAUGCAAGAGGAUUUGUGUAUUUGCCAUAUUGUUUUUUAUGACUAAAAACAUUUUCUGAAAGUUCAGAUACCGGUUUAACAAACUUGUUAAAAAAAUAGUAUAUUUUUGAGGCAGGUUCACUUGGAAAUAAGGGCAAUAAAAAUACCACUUUGGUCUACGUUGCUCUGCUGGUGGUUUUGGUUUGUAAUACUGAGUUGUUCGUCCACUGCAUUAAAGCUUUUGUGUUGGUGUUCGGCCAGAA